GUCGACAGAACUUCUAGAGAGUACAGGCUGUGGGCAACAUCGAGCUUGCGGAGGAAAUGCCACAUUCGGUCCAUCCUACACCACGGGAAAAUACGCCCGACACAAGUAGAGAGCAAGACCUCUCAAGACUCUGGUGGAAUAUCAAUGUCCCGCGGGAGCAGUGGACCGAAGAGUGCCCGCCAUAUCUGCUUGGGCAAAGUGAGAAGAACAUUGGGAUCCUGAGCCGCAAAGAUGAGGAAUUUGUCCGAUUUACUUGGCAACAAGUUGAGGAACUAGUUCGGACGAACACCAUUCACCGAUUCCAGCGACCAUCAAGCCAACUCCGGGGUUACCUUGCCUAUGUCUACCAUCUCAAGAAAACCUACGGCUCUGUUCUCUCAUACAUCCAAGAACACCGCCUCAAUUGGCCCACCAUCACUCCCAGUGGAGAUGCACCGUUCAGCAAUCCUUCCGACUACAAGAUUUUAUACAACGACUGGCCGUACUUUGUCGAGGACGGGAUAAAACAUCUCGUUGUAUGGACGAAAUUUCAGAUCGACGAGGUGGAGGAGACGGGAGAGGUGACCCCAGAGGCGACGAGGCAGAUCGACGAGUUCAUCCGAAAGACGUUUUGUGAGGGAGAAGCUGGAAAGAGGAUAGAGAGGGAAAGGAUCGUAUGGUUUAAGAACUGGAAGAGUUUGAAAAGCGUACAUGCGUUAGAACAUUUCCACGUCAUGCUUCAUCAACCACCGGAGACACUCAUUGAAGCCGUUACAGAGGGAGAUCGGCCUACUUGCGAAACCUGGAUGGCAGCGAUGAGUUGAGUUGGUGAGAUGUGUUCUUUGUAGGUCCAGGCUGUUCAGCACGUUGCGUGGGACGGCGCCAUCAUACCGAGGGAGGGUAAUAUAGAAUACACUUGAAGGGAAAGACUAGAAUCCGGGAUGCUCAGCAUGAGCAGCAUUAGAUGGCGAGUUCCCAAAUUCAAGGGAUUCAUGAGUAACCAGCGACUCGGGAAUAACUGUGGCCGGAUGCCUGCUGCUCCUUGGGAUUC